AUGAUUUCGUUAGCUGAAUCGUUGUCUUUCCUCGAUAACCCUUCCUACAAUUGGAAAACCAUCAUUGUGGGUUUCACCAUUGGCCAAUUCGCCUUUGAGAAGUACCUCGACUAUCGUCAACUUCAGGUCUUGAAUAAGAAGUUCCCACCUGCUAGUUUGAAGAAGGAAAUCUCCCAGGAAACCUUCGAGAAGUCACAAGAGUACUCACGCGCUAAAGCCAAGUUUUCAUUCUUCAGUGACACCUUUAGUUUAGUCCAAAGCUUGGCUACUAUUAAGUAUGAUGUGUUGCCUAAGUUUUGGAGCUUAAGUGGCUACUUAAUGCGCGUUGCUGCUCCUAUUUUGCCCAAGUUUAUGGGUGGGGUACUCACCCAAUCCAUUUUCUUCUUCGUUACGCUGCAAAUUGCAUCUACUAUCAUCUCAGCACCCUUGUCAUACUACUCAAACUUUGUAUUAGAAGAACGUUACGGAUUCAACAAGUUGACUGUUCCUUUAUGGAUCAGUGAUAUGUUCAAAGGUUUGGCCCUUGGAACUGUUUUAGGAUCUCCUGCAAUUGCCGGGUUCUUGAAAAUUAUUGAUUACUUUGGAGAUUCUUUCAUAUUGUAUACUUGUGGGUUUGUUUUGUUCAUACAAUUAGUUGCCAUGACCAUCUUCCCUACUUUGAUUCAGCCUUUGUACAACAAGUUCACUCCAUUGGAAGACGGUGAAUUGAAGGACGCUAUUUACAAGUUGGCCAGCUCAGAGAAUUUCCCGCUCACUAAGUUGUUCGUAAUCGAUGGAUCUAAGAGAUCUUCUCAUUCCAAUGCCUACUUCACAGGGUUACCUUGGAGCAAGCAGAUCGUUUUGUUUGAUACUUUGAUUAAGCACUCCACUGUAGAUGAGACUGUUGCUGUCUUGGGACACGAAAUUGGACACUGGAAAUUAUCUCACUUACCAAAGACCUUGGCCUGCACUCAAUUGCACUUGUUUGCGUGCUUCUCUAUGUUUUCUGCAUUCUUGCAUAACUCAUCUUUGUAUACAUCCUUUGGUUUCACCACUGCUCAGCCUACUUUGAUUGGAUUCUUGUUAUUCAAUCAUAUUUUCCAGCCAUUUGAGUGUAUUUCCCAGUUUGGUCUCAACUUGUUAUCAAGAAAGCAUGAAUUUGAAGCUGACCAAUUCGCUAAGGAGCGUGGCUAUUCUGAUGAUUUGGCUAGAGCUUUGAUUAAAUUGUUAAGUGAAAACUUGUCUACGAUGGACGCCGACUGGUUGUACUCGUCCUACCACCAUUCUCACCCAAUUUUAGCUGAAAGAUUAGAAGCACUUGACUACAUUUCCAAGGAAAAGAUUGGUAAGUUUGACGAAAAGGAUAGCAAGCAGGAAUGA